AUGGAGAUGCGUUUAGCAGAAGAUUUGAGGUAUUCUAAGGCAGGUUUAAAAGAGUUUGAAGUUAUUGGUUCUCCUAAGGUUGAAGUUCUUUUUUAUCACGCUGAACUGUUUGCAUCCCAUCUUCAGGGAACGAAACAGAUAGUUAAAUUAAAUAUUAUUGAGUGUUACUCUCUUACAGCAUUACCUAUUAGCAGUCUGUCAAGUACUUUGAAGGAAAUAAGGAUAAAUCUAAAUCGGAAAUUGAAACUAGAGUUGUCUGUUAGUGAGAUGAUCUCUAGCAUAAGUAACAUGUUUCUCGAGAGAUUGACACUAGAUGGAUGUUAUUCUAUAGAUGAUAUACCACCUGAGUUCGUACCAAGUACACGCAUUUUGAGAAUUGAGCGUUGUUACCGCCUCACAAGGCUUUUGAUUCCCACUGGGAUCGAGAUACUAGAAAUUAACAUAUGUGAGAAUCUUGAAAUACUUUCAGUGGCAUGUGGGACUCAGACCACGUCGUUGCUUGAUUUGCAUAUUAGCAAAAGCCAGAAGCUAAAGUUGCCACCAGAAGGAAUGCAUGAACUCCUUCCAUCUCUUAAGAAACUGGUACUGGAAAAUUGUCCAGAAACGGAGUCCUUUCCUGAAGGAGGAUUGCCCUUCAAUUUAGAAGUCCUUCAGAUUGUCGAUUGCAAGAAACUAGUGAAUGGCCGAAAGGAGUGGCGUUUACAGAGACUUUCCUGUCUCAUAAGUUUAUUCAUCUUCCAUGAUGGCAGUGAUGAAGAGAUUCUUGGUGAUGAGAAUUGGGAGUUGCCUUGUUGUAUUCGGCAUCUUUGGGUAUCCAAUCUGAAAAACAUUAAGCAAUCAAGUGCUCAAAAGCCUCACCUCUCUUGA